AUGCAGGUCCAGUCACCCCAGCCCUUGUCCAGGCUGUCGGCGGACAUUCCCCUCUUGGAAGGUACUCCGGUCGAUGGAUCGCCACAACAUCGAGACGUCCUCCAGGAGCGUUACGCUGCGCAGUCUCACAACACUCACAUCAGUACGGCAUCGCCGCAAGUGGGACAAAGGAGCAGUCUCAGCCCCUCGGAAAACACUCACGCACAACGGAACGUCGCCACAGGAACAUACUACACUGGCAAUGUACACGCACAACACAUCGGAUUGGCAGGCUUCGGCGUCGAGAGGUCAGAGAAGCAAAUUAGAUGCGAGCUCGCGCGACUAUACAAACUACUCCAGCGAUCGGAAAAGUACCAGACAUACCGUGAGAAACAACCAGCUCUCUCACCGGCCGAAGUCGUCGCGCGAGACGCUGCAGAGAGGAAAGAGCAGGAAAAGAGAAAGGCGCAGGGACUACAGCAAGAGAAGGACAAGACUGUUUGGCCUGAAUUCUUAGAGCAUGCCUUCUGGACAGGGCGGAAUGAGCUGAUCCAGGAUUCUAUUUACAGAGACACCGGUAUCAGACGCGAUCGCAAACAGGUUUCCAGCCAUCUUCAGGUCCUCAAGGACAAGCUCAGAGGUGUUCCUGCUGGUGAGUGCCCGUCUCUCCUACUCUACAUGGCCACACCAGAGGACGUCUCUAAGCGCCGAUCUGCGAAUACAUCCGCUCGAUCAUCUUAUUCGUCACAGCUGCAUGGCCGCCAACAUGCGCAGCGCACAGAGUCUGUUACCAAAUCCGAUUCCAGUACCUCCUCACCGCACGUUUUGCCGCAUUGUAGCGGCCCACAAUCCGACCUUGCCCUGGGUUCCGGCCCGGAUUCUGAUGCGCUGUCUUCGUCAUUCGCAGUCACGGGCUUCAAGAUCCUCCUUGAGGAGGAUCAUCAGCCUGUGCACUGUUUGGCUCAAACACAAUCGCAUGGCAGGCUCGACAGCUCGGAUGUGGUAGAUCUUGCCUCUUGGCACCGUCAGUACCGCGAGUUCAACUUCCUCCGAUCCGAGACCGAGGGCUGGAUAGGUAAUGCUCGCAAGGUGUUGGUCGCUACCGUGUCCACGGACUUGAUGACAGAGUUGCCACCGAAUGCCGACCUAUCCAUCAUCUUUGAUCUUCACUCGCAUUUCGAUCUGUCAAGGUACGACUAUGUGGAAUGCAUGACACGCUUCUACAACAGCGGCGACAACGUCAUUGACCCGCAAUUUGACCGCGCGAGGCAUGACCGGGAAGAAACGCGAACCACUUGCGAGUAUCGGCGAGACCCCCAAGGCUCUCAAGACCACCUCAAUACCUCGGUGGUCACUACCACCACUGAGUUCUCCGGUGGAAGCUUUGCACGAUCACGUACUCCUGGCAUGGCAUCGCCGAACACACAAGGCAACGACCUCAACUUCAAUGCCGGACAUAUGGCUAUCCGAGGCGACUUCGAACCUGUGAACAACCCUCAGGUAUAUGGGGGCUUCCUUAGCCAAAGCGAUGAACAUGAGGGAUUGCAUACGCUUGCUGGACUGGAGCACGAUGAGCUCGCGACUAUGGGGCUUGCUGUCGGCGAACAUGGAGAGCUGAUUCCAGUGGAUGCAAACAAUAAUCUGCACUAUUCCACCAAUGCAGCUUGCUAUUCGGCCAAAUCCAACUGGCAGCACGCACACCUCGUUUCGCACCUCGAGAAUGCAGCAGAGCAGUAUCGCCCUUACCUCAACCAUGAUGGUCAUGCUCAGGUAGCAGCAAAUCACGGUAUUGUCCAUGACCACGACCCAUAUCAACAAGUCGAUCAAAGACAGGAUUCAGUGGCGGGUAUCUUUCCCAACGUGAAUCACACCUAUUGGGGUUUGCACGGGCUCCAAAGCCCAUUCCAAGACGACAUGGGUAGUGGUGCCGUUCAUGGGACAGAACACUUAGAAGAGCAAACACACGGUCCAAACUACGGUGUGCCGGGUCUAGUUGAGAGAGACCAAACAGGAAGAGGUUAUUAG